AUGAGCUCAGAUCGAAGUUUCUCCACGUUCUUCCAUGUCAACAACGAUCAACCGAAGAUUUUGAUUCUUGAAGUUCUUGUAAAGAAGUGUACAUUGUUUCUUCUUGUUACCAAUCUCCUAAUCACCGGAGCUAUGGAAACGCACGAAGCCGUUGACUUUCGAACUGAGUUUCUACGAGCAUUAGAGUCAUGUCCAAAGGAACAUAUUGAUAACUUAAAAGAUAUGCUCAAAGAAGAAAACAUUCAUUUGCACACUGAGGCUGGAGAGCAAGGGAAAUUGCCUUUGCUUAUUUUAAGUUUGAAGGAGAAGAAGAGUGAAGAAAGAAGACCAGCUGUUGUGUUUAUGCAUGGCACAAGUGCAAACAAAGAAUGGUUAAGGCCAUGGCUUGAAGCAUAUGCUUCAAGGGGAUAUGUAGCCAUUGGUUUAGACUCUCGCUACCAUGGGGAACGAGCUGACUCCAAAACUGCCUAUCAAGAUGCUCUUAUAUCAUCUUGGAAAAAUGGAGACACAAUGCCUUUCAUCUUUGAUACUGUGUGGGAUUUAAUAAAGCUAGCUGAAUAUCUUACUCAUCAGAGAAAAGAUAUAGACCCACAAAGGAUAGGAAUCACCGGUAUUUCACUAGGAGGGAUGCAUGCUUGGUUUGCUGCUGCAGUUGACACCCGCUAUUCAGUAGCUGUUCCUUUGAUCGGUGUUCAGGGAUUCAAAUGGGCAGUAGACAAUGAUGCCUGGCAAGCAAGAGUCAACAGUAUAAAACCUUUAUUUGAAGAAGCAAGGAUUGAUAUGGGAAAGAGCGAAAUCGACAAAGAAGUUGUCGAGAAGGUGUGGGACAGAAUAGCUCCUGGCCUAGCCUCUCAGUUUGAUGCGCCCAACUCGUUACCAGUCAUUGCUCCACGCCCUCUUUACCUCCUUAACGGCGCUGAGGAUCCUCGUUGUCCUCUUGGUGGACUAGUUGUUCCAGCAAAGAGAGCUAAGACGGCAUACAAGAAAGCUAUGUCUCCUGGAAACUUCAAGUUUGUGGCAGAAGAUGGAGUUGGACACCAAGUGACGAGUUUCAUGAUCAAAGAAUCAUCAGAUUGGUUUGACAAGUUCCUUAAACCAGGAAACAUGACUUCUAAGUUAUAA